CAUUUCUAAUCCACAAAACGCGUAUUUCAAAUUUACAGGAAAAACUUCACAAAAUCAUCAGCAAAUAUUCUCUUCUAAUUAAUGGCAUCAUCAUCAUCCUCCUCCAUUGAUCCUCAAGAAAAGCAUGAAGUGUUCCUGAGUUUCAGAGGCGAGGACACUCGAAAAACCUUCACAAGUCACCUCCAUGCUGCUUUUAAAAGAGCAGAGAUCAAAACCUACAUAGACUACAAUCUAGAAAGAGGAGACGAAAUCUCAGGAACACUUCUAAGGGCUAUCGAGGACGCGAAGCUUUCAGUGAUUGUGUUCUCCAGAAACUUUGCAACUUCGAAAUGGUGUUUAGAAGAAGUGAAGAAAAUAAUGGAGUGUAAGAAAACAAGGAACCAGAUUGUGGUGCCUGUGUUUUAUGAUGUUGAGCCUACUUAUAUAAGGAAUCAAACAGGAAACUUUGCGAGUGCUUUUGCUGCCCAUGAGAGGCGGUUUGUUGAUAAACCAAACAAGGUGCAGAAAUGGAGGGAUGCUUUGAUGGAAGCUACGAAUCUCUCUGGAUGGGAUUGCACUGUUGACAGGCUGGAAUCUGAAAUUGUGGAGGAGAUUGCUAAGGAUGUGUUAGGAAAAUUGAAUCGUGGGUAUGUUGGGAAUCUAGAUCAAGAAAUUAAAAAAUAUGAGCAACUUGCUAAACAUCAGAUGCAAUAUUUUCAAGCUUCACCUCAUCCAACUUAUUAUAAAAAUUAUCAAGCAACUGUCCAACACAUAAGGAAACUUCAAAUGGAGAGACAUCAUCGUUUGCUUCGCGUGCCAGCCAACAUGUACUCACAGGCAGAUGACUCAAACGGUGAUUUCUAUAGUAUGUUUUCUAAUUUAGGAAUCUAGUGUUACCUUUUAUGUCAUAAUCAUCCGGGUUUUAAAUUGCGAUUGUCGUUGAGUUGUGGACAAAUGUGAGUUGUGGCGGCUGCAAUUGCGGUCCUCACUUUUACUGUAUGUUUCUUACAUUUUCAAAGCAGUAUGGUUAUUGGUAUGUAGUUCCUUUCCUUAUCUUCACAUAAACACAAGAGAAGUGUAUGUUUCUUGUAGGUCUCAGUUAUAUCAUGUACGAAUACGGUUAAUGGUAAUUUGUCUUUUGUCUGUCUAUGUUCAUUGGGCAGGAGGAGUAACUUUUGUUUUAGUUUGUAAGUUGACUGAUCUAGAGCUUAUUUGGAUACAGAUCAAAUAACAUUUAUUGAAUCUUUUCUAGUGAAAAAAAGAGAUAAAUUUCAAUGA